CUUUCGAUAUUCCCACUUGACUCUGCGAGAAACCUUUGCAGAUCAACAAACCCAUCUUCGGAUUCUGGAAACCCUAACCCACCCGGAUCCGAUUCAGACAAACGGGUUAGAGACCGAUUUGAUCUCGAACUCGAUUCUUUCUCAAAUGUAAAGUUGUUAUAAAAAUCAACAAUUUCAGGUUUAUUAAUCAUCUCGAUCAAUGUCGCGUUUUCCCCGUGGAUUCGUGGAGAAUUCAUCAAUGGACGCCCCCAAAAUCAGUCGUCGUCCAACUAUUUGCUUCAGGCCAAUAAACCCUUCUGAUUUAGAACGUUUGGAGCAAAUCCAUCGCGACAUAUUCCCAAUUAGGUAUGAGUCUGAGUUUUUUCAGAAUGUUGUCAACGGAGGUGAUAUCGUCUCUUGGGCUGCUAUUGAUCGGAGCCGCCCUGAUGGUCAUUCUGAAGAACUUAUUGGAUUUGUUACUGCCAAAAUCGUGCUUGCCAAAGAAAGCGAAAUAUCAGAUCUAAUAAGAUAUGACUCGUCGAAGGGAGAGGAGACAUUGGUGUACAUCCUAACACUUGGAGUUGUAGAAACAUACAGAAAACGUGGAAUAGCUAAGUCGCUUAUUAAUGAGGUUGUUAAAUACGCUUCUGGUAUCCCUGUGUGCCGUGGUGUUUACCUUCAUGUGAUUGCACACAACAAUCCCGCAAUCCGGUUGUACAAAAGAAUGUCUUUCAGAUGUGUGAGGAGGUUACACGGAUUCUACUUAAUCAACGGACAGCAUUUCGAUUCCUACUUGUUCGUCUACUUUAUCAACGGUUCUCGCUCUCCUUGCUCACCCUUAGAUCUUGCGGUGUUGGUUCUGAAUUAUAUGAGGAGCGGAAUCAAAUCAGUCGCAUCAAAGCUGACGAUGAACCACGAAGAGAAAGGCUCGAAAUGGCUUAAAAGCAAAGACAACACGCGAUGUCUCUUGCCCACUCAGACCAAACGAAACCUUGCAUCCGAAAGAUUAUCAUCCGGGUAUGAUUACGUAUAGUGUCCGUCUCCGAUUCAUAGACUUUGUAAAAUCAAAAUGUCUUCCAUUAAGCUCUGGUUACGAUCCUAUUGUGUGUUCUGUGUAGAAUAAAAAUGUAAAUAUUGU